AGAGUAGAGCCGGCAUUGUUUGUAUAUUGCUGCUGUGACUGCUAAUGUGUCAGUUUAUUCUCUAAAGUUUAUUGAAAUUAAUAAAACUGCUGGUGCCAGAGAAAAACGUUUCAGUCUUAUAACAAAUUUCAACGCGUUCACAACGUUGCUAUAUAAUUGUUAAUUACUGUUAAUUUUUUUAAUUUAAACCAAAAAACCAACUCCCUCCAAAAAAAAACCAAACAAAAUGAGCUCAGCUGAAUACUAUCCAUUCAAGUGCACUCCCACUGUCUACCCUGCUGAUCCCUUUGAUCCCGUCGAAGAUGCCAGCAUUUUGCGCAAAGCCAUGAAGGGCUUUGGCACCGAUGAAAAGGCCAUUAUUGAAAUUUUGGCCCGUCGCGGCAUUGUUCAACGCUUGGAAAUCGCCGAAGCCUUCAAAACCUCUUUCGGCAAAGAUUUAAUCUCCGAUUUGAAAUCCGAAUUGGGUGGUAAAUUCGAAGAUGUUAUCAUUGCCCUCAUGACUCCCCUGCCACAAUUCUAUGCCCAAGAAUUACACGAUGCUGUAGCCGGUUUGGGUACCGAUGAAGAAGCCAUCAUUGAAAUUCUCUGCACUUUAUCGAACUUUGGUAUUAAGACCAUUGCCCAGUUCUAUGAACAAAGCUUUGGCAAAUCCCUAGAAUCAGACUUGAAGGGUGAUACCUCAGGACAUUUCAAGCGUUUGUGUGUAUCUUUGGUGCAAGGCAACCGUGAUGAAAAUCAAGGUGUCGAUGAAGCUGCUGCUGUGGCCGAUGCCCAAGCCUUAUACGAUGCCGGUGAAGGUCAAUGGGGCACCGAAGAAUCAGUAUUCAAUUCCAUUUUAGUUACCCGCUCCUACCAACAAUUACGCCAAAUCUUUUUGGAAUACGAAAACUUGGCUGGCCAUGAUAUCGAAAAAGCCAUCAAACGUGAAUUCAGCGGCGCAGUUGAGAAGGGCUUCUUAGCCAUUGUCAAGUGCUGCAAGUCAAAAGUUGACUAUUUUGCCGAACGUUUGUAUGAUUCUAUGCACGGUUUGGGCACUAAGGAUAAGACUUUAAUUCGUAUCAUUGUCAGCCGUUCGGAAAUUGAUUUGGGCGAUAUUAAAGAAGCAUUCCAAAAUAAAUAUGGCAAGAGUUUGGAAUCCUGGAUUAAGGGCGAUACUUCUGGCGAUUACAAGCGUGCCCUAUUGGCGAUUGUUGGAUACUAAAACAAAAACUUAAAAAAAAGAUAAAAAAUCUCAGAAAUUUAUAGAAAACUGCACAAUUUAUUAUCAUUAUUAUUAUUAUGAUAAAUAACUUAAUAUAUAUAAAAAA